AUGGCCACCUCCCCACGACGCUCCAGAAGACGCUUCUCUUCCGCAUCUAUUGGUGCGACAUGGAAUGCGCAGUUAUCACCAUUGUCCACAUCAGUCUCGCGUGGUCGUCGCAGAAGGUCCUCAUCCGUCGACUUUGAUGAUGAUGUUAUUCACAGUUCAGACAUAAAAGAAGAGAAAACGAGACAUGCACCGCUCAGUGACCGUGCCCUCGACUGCGAGAGGAUGCUUGAACCUGAGCUUGAAAUACAUCCAUUGACGUAUGCAUCACUCCCUCCGACUCCGAUUCUACCGUCUCCGCCUGCCUCUCCACCUCCGAUAGUCCGAAGUCAGGAGCUGCAGCAAGAUCAGCCACUAUUUUCUCUAUGGGACUACCUAUGGGAGGAACUUCUUGCGACUGACUUUGACUCACAUCAGGAGUUGAAAUGGGAGAGGGUGAGCAAUUUCUUGAGUAUUCCUCUAGCAAUGGAAAAGAUCAUUGGCUUUGGCUUUAUACUUUGUUUAGACUCGUUCCUCUAUACUUUUACUAUAUUACCCAUCCGGUUCAUGCUGGCGGCUAUCCGAUUUUUCCUGAAUUUCUUCAAACCCUCCAAAUUGGCUUUCCCACCAUCGCAGAAAGCUGACAUCCUUCGAAUGAUGCUGCUCGUGGUCUCUAUCAUGGUGUUGAUUCCACUCACGGAUGCCAGUAAGAUCUAUCACUCCAUACGCGGACAAGAUACAAUCAAACUAUACGUAAUAUUCAAUGCAUUAGAGGGACAGGAUAUCCUUGACUGCCUAUUUUCCCGCUCAACGCUCGAGGUACUUUCUCGUCGAGUGCCAGUUACGUCCAGUACACUUCGUCCAUUCGUGUUUUUUGGGCUCGCCACCCUCUACGUUGUUUCUCACGCAUUGGUGAUGAUUUACCAGCUGCUAGCUCUUAAUGUGGCCGUCAAUUCCUAUGACCACGCACUUCUGACUCUUCUCGUCUCGAACCAGUUCGUCGAGAUCAAAGGAUGUGUUUUCAAGAAAUUUGAGAAAGACAACCUGUUUCAGAUCACAUGCGCAGAUAUCGUGGAACGAUUUACACUCUCACUCAUGCUGCUCAUUGUGGCAUUCCGCAAUUUAAUCGAGCUCAGCGGAUCCGAAUUCGAUUUCACAGGGGGAUUCGUCCUUCCCGUUGUCGAGACGCUGCUUCCAGAGCCACUUACGAAGGUCGAUCAGCCCGUUGUGACAGUGAUGGCAUCUGAGAUAUUUGUGGACUGGCUGAAACACGCAUUCAUCACUAAGUUUAAUCACAUACGGCCAUCUGUAUAUGAGCGAUACACAGAUGUGCUCUGUCGUGACUUGGCUAGUGGCAGUGCUAUAGGACGCUUGGGUGCUCGAAAGCAUAGCUAUGUCGACCAAUCACCGUUAGUGGCCCGGCGGCUUGGCUUUUCCUCCCUUCCGCUCGCACUUGUCGUUAUGCUAGUCGGCCUCCAGUCAUUGACCCUCGUCUUCUCUCUUCGGUUUGAAGAUGAGUGGGGUUGGGACGCUCUCAUGGACAUGUCUCAUGCCGAAGUCGUACAUCUGCUCAAGUGGGCAGUGAUGGGGGUGGCAUUUUGGUUAUGUUUUCUCGCUUUAAAAGUUCUUUUGGGUGUGAACCUCAUCUCAUAUGCAACACGUCGCCGAGCAGGCAUGGAGGCCCGUGCUACUGCAGACACCGUCAAUGACUUUGGGCGAGAUCCUAUAGGGGAAGGUAAGGAGGAGCGUGAGUACAAUAAACAGCUCAAGAAGAUGGUGGAUGAUUGGAGAGAUGAUGCCGCACGAGUUGGUGAGAUGGGUGAGGGGUACACACGUGGCGGGAAUGGACAAGGUGGUGGUGCUGACAAAAAGCGGGUACCCCUUGAAGAGUUGACUCGAUUUACAAUGGUGAAACGUAUCUGGUGA